GGAGGGGCGGCCAUGGCGGAGCCGCCGGCGGAGGCGUCGGACGGGGCGACGCGGGAGAAGCCGUGGCUGUGGGAGCGGAGGCCCGGGGCGGCGGCGGCCGCGGCCCUCACCGACAGGCAGGCGGCCUCCGUGCUGGAGCUGAAGGCGGCCGCCGACAGCCUGCCCGUGCCCGCUGAGCUCCCUAUUGAAGACCUGUGCAGUUUGACAUCCCAGUCGCUUUCUGUUUCACUGACGUCGGUGGUGCCAGAGUCCACGGAGGACAUCCUCCUGAAGGGGUUUACCUCCUUGGGCAUGGAAGAAGAAAAAAUAGAAACGGCACAGCAGUUCUUCUCUUGGUUUGCCCAGCUGCAGACGCAGAUGGAUCAAGCUGAAGGAGUUAAGUACAGACAGAUGAGGGAUUACUUGUCCGGAUUUCAGGAGCAGUGUGACGCAAUAUUGAAUGAUGUGAACAGCGCUCUGCAGCAUCUCGAGUCAUUGCAGAAACAGUAUCUCUUUGUGUCCAUGAAGACGGGAACUUUGCACGAAGCCUGUGAGCAGCUCCUGAAAGAGCAGUCAGAACUCGUUGACUUGGCUGAAAAUAUUCAACAGAAACUUUCAUAUUUUAAUGAAUUGGAAAGUAUCAAUACAAAACUGAAUUCCCCUACAUUGUCCGUGAACAGUGAAGGAUUUAUUCCCAUGCUGGCUAAACUAGAUGAUUGUAUCACAUAUAUUUCAUCUCAUCCUAAUUUUAAAGACUAUCCCGUGUAUUUACUGAAGUUUAAACAAUGCCUGUCUAAAGCUAUGCAUCUUAUGAAGACAUACACUGUGAACACACUACAGAACCUCACAAGUCAGUUAAUGAAAAGGGAACCUUCCUCUGUGCCGAAUUCAGACAACGCCUUCACGCUCUUUUAUGUAAAAUUCCGAGCUGCCGCUCCCAAAGUCCGAGGUCUUAUUGAACAAAUCGAGCAGCGAUCGGAGAAAAUACCCGAAUACCAACAGGUGCUAAGUGAAAUCCAUCAAUGUUACCUUGAUCAAAGGGAACUUCUCCUGGGCCCUAGCAUUGCUAGUACUGUAGCAGAGCUAACCAGCCAGAACAACAGAGAUCAUUGUGCAUUGGUGCGCAGUGGCUGUGCCUUUAUGGUUCACGUUUGCCAAGAUGAACACCAACUUUACAACGAGUUUUUCACAAAACCAACUUCAAAACUGGAUGAACUUUUGGAGAAACUGUGUGUGUCAUUAUAUGAUGUCUUCAGGCCAUUAAUCAUCCAUGUUAUUCACCUAGAGACUCUGUCUGAACUCUGUGGGAUUCUUAAAAACGAGAUUCUCGAAGACCAUGUACGGAACAAUGCUGAGCAACUGGGGGCAUUUGGUGCCGGAGUGAAGCAGAUGUUGGAGGACGUGCAGGAGCGGCUUGUCUAUCGAACACACAUCUAUAUCCAGACGGACAUUUUGGGGUACAAGCCCGCCCCGGGGGACCUGGCCUAUCCCGAUAAGUUGGUCAUGAUGGAGCAAAUUGCCCAGAGUUUAAAAGAUGAACAAAAGAAGCUUUCCUCUGAGGCCUCAUUUUCAGAUGUUCGGCUAGAAGAUUCAGAAUCCAACAACGUAAUUAGAUCUGGCACAGCAGAGCCCCUCAAUCCCAGACCACAAACCACCAUUUCACCAGCUGACCUCCAUGGGAUGUGGUACCCUACUGUCCGGAGGGCUCUCGUUUGCCUUUCCAAACUGUACCGCUGCAUAGAUAAGGCAGUGUUCCAAGGAUUAGCACAGGAAGCUUUGUCGGCCUGCAUUCAAUCCUUACUGGGAGCGGCGGAUUCCAUUGCCAAAAACAAGACGCAGAUUGACGGACAGCUUUUCUUAAUUAAGCACCUCUUGAUUCUUCGAGAACAAAUUGCUCCGUUCCACACAGAAUUCACCAUUAAGGAGAUUUCCCUGGACCUUAAGAAAACUAGAGAUGCGGCGUUUAAAAUCCUGAAUCCUAUGACUGUUCCAAGAUUUUUUAGGCUGAACAGCAACAAUGCCUUGAUAGAGUUCUUAUUGGAGGGUACUCCAGAGAUAAGAGAACAUUAUCUCGACUCCAAAAAAGACGUAGACCGCCACCUGAAAUCAGCUUGUGAGCAGUUUAUUCAGCAGCAGACCAAACUGUUUAUAGAGCAGCUGGAGGAAUUCAUGACAAAGGUGACAGCAUUGAAAACCAUGGCCAACCAAGGAGGCCCCAAGUAUAAUCUCUCCCAGCAGCCUUGGGCCCAACCAGCCAAGGUGAACGAUCUAGUGUCGAGUGCCUACAAAAGGAUAAAAACCAAGCUUCCGUCGACGUUACGAAGCAUGGCAUUAUACUUAUCCAAUAAAGACACCGAAUUCAUCUUGUUUAAGCCCGUUAGGAACAACAUCCAGCAAGUGUUCCAGAAGCUCCAUGCUCUGUUGAAGGAGGAAUUCAGCAGUGAAGACAUCCAGAUCAUAGCUUGCCCUUCUAUGGAGCAGGUGAACCUGCUGCUGUCGGUGUCCAAAUAACCAGGCCAGUGAGGCGGUGGGAAGCAGAUUUCAACGGAUUGCCAGGCAAAGAGUCUCACAGCUCCAAGGAAACAGCGGAAAGGCCUACGCCACCAUCCCGUCUGCUUUAAAGUCCCCCGUGCGGCUCAGCGUCUGUUACAGAAUGACGGUAGUGUAAAAGAGUGUUCAAAACUAGUGUACCCUUCCUAGCACGCUUGAAAAGCCAAAGAUUCAUUCGCCAGUGAACGUCCAUUACUGCCUCUCGUCAUCUGAUUUAAAAUGGCUAUAAGAAAUGUAAAUCUUGAGAUUUAAACUCUUGUGACCUGCAGCGGGAUGGAUCUCGGAGAAAAAAAGGGCAAUGAAAACAGGGUUACAAGUGUCAGCGGGGUUGGGGGAGGAACUUCAAAGGGCUGAGGGGAAUCGUUUUUUAUAAUGGUGGUUGCUGCUGCUCCUUUUGGAAUUUAGCACUUCAAGUGAGUAAUCCCAGAAAUGCUACCUUGUCCCCAUUAUUUAACACUGCCUCGAGACUUCAGAGUGCAUUCUUUUGGGGUGAAGAUGGGGUGUUUUUCAGAACAGGUUUUAAUUUUCUUUGAAUUUUCAGGGUGGGGGUGGUUACCUCCUGCAUCAAUGUUUGAUGUAAAAGAUUUUGAGAGAGCAGGCCUGGAACAAGGCUGUGAUUCGAAAGAAAAAUGGCUACUGCCCCCUUGGAACAGAUCGGCUGGUAAACCUACCUGGGCGUGGCGGCCGGGACCGGGGAAGGAAGAGCCCAGAUGAAGGCUGCCAGUUUCUAAAAGAAACACAAAUGGGAGCAUGUUAAUGGAGGAAUAGAGCAGGCCGAAUCCGCGGAUUGGGGUGACCGCUCUCAGUGGCUCGCAGGGGCGACGGGUCAGGCUUUGUGACGGCACUUUGACGCGGGGUGUGUUGAGCGAGGGUGCUGGGAUCACCCCACUUGACUCUGCAGGAUGGAGAAAUUUAGGUGAAAGGGAUGAGGAUGAUGGCGGUGAGAAGGCACGAGGGCUAGCACCCUAAAACCCACUUCUGUAAAUCAGGGAUCACGAGAGAAAUUUGGCCGGUAGGGCUGACUUGACAACUGAGAGCAGGGGAGUGAAGACAGUGUGAUUGAGGUCCAAAAAAGAUAAAAGUUUUAGGUGAAUGUUCAGCUGCACGUCUAGCACUGAAGCAAAUAAAAGGUCUGGAACCACCCGCGCCAACCUACAAACCAUAGCUCAGUAAUAUAUUGACUUUUUAGGUCAGGUCUCUGCGUCUCUUCAUGUAGCAAUGUUGUGGAUCUUCUAGUUGAAGGGUCACCUAUUUUCAAGUGAUUUUUUUUGAUUGGUGGUAGAUUAUUUUUUUAAAAAAAGGUCCUCAGUUUUGGAGGAGGUGUCGGUGGUGGCAGGGAAGGAAGGGGAGGAGCGAGGCCUCGAUGCAGCAUUGGAAAAGUCAACUACCGAAGAAUGUUGUAUGCCUCCUCCCGUCUCUUGUUGUGAUAACUUAGAACGUAGACUGUAUAUUAUCCAAAUCUGUGUAAUAUAUGUACAUUUGGUCCUACUUUUAGUCUUUUACAAGAGAAAUGAGGGCAUGAUUAUUGUACAGAGCUAUGACCGAUUUAAUAUGAUGUAUAGAGGAGGGGGCACUCAGAAGGGUAAAGCUAUUUCAUGGCACUCACUUUUGUGUCUGGAAUCUUUCACUUCCUAAAAACUCCGAAACACUGCUCAGUGCUCAUGGAGAAUAGCGAUCGUACCUGUUUCGCUAAAGGGAGAUUUGUUUAAAAAUUGUACAGUUUCAACUAUUUACUUAUACAAAUAGUGUAUAUAAUUUCAAGAGAUUAAUUUAAGAUGCUUUAUAUUAUCUCGCUAGAAAUUUGCAAUUUUUAAUAAAUGUGGAUUUUUUAAAAUAAAAAAUGUUGCUUCCUA